UCAGUGCAAAACAACUUGGACGAGUAAGACGGAGCCAUGGAUUUUCUUCCUUUCUUCUCUUUAGAAGUGUGGAUUCUACUGAUCACAUUCAUUGCCAUAUUUGUUAUGUAUGGCUACUGGACAUAUGGAGUAUUUGAGAAGUUGGGGAUCCCUGGUCCCAAGCCAGUGAUGUACUGGGGCACAAUGAGCAGACAUAACCCUGUUUACUACUUAGCUGACAACGAGUGCGCUCAAAAGUAUGGGAGAAUAUGGGGCAUGUUUGAGUUCAGGAAGCCAAUGCUGGCUGUGAUGGAGCCAGAUAUGCUGAAAACCAUCCUAGUGAAGGAGUGCUUCACCUACUUCACCAACCGCAGGAACUUACGUCUGAAUGGAGACCUAUAUGACGCAGUGUCUAUUGCUGAGGAUGAUCAGUGGAGACGGAUUCGUAACAUCCUCUCCCCCUCCUUCACCUCUGGUCGUAUAAAAGAGAUGUUUACCAUCAUGAAACAUCAUUCCCGCAAACUGACAGACAAGCUGCAGUCCAAGGUGGACAACGAUGAAGUAAUUAUUAUAAAAGACUUCUUUGGACCCUACAGUAUUGAUGUCAUGGCAAGCUGGGCAUUCAAUGUGGACAUGGACUCGAUCAACAACCCUUCAAGUCCCCUAAUCACCCAUGCCAGGAAGAUGUUUAGAUUCUCCGCCCCUCUUUUCAUUUUCCAAGCAUGUUUUCCCUUCUUUCUUCCUCUCUUGGAGCUGCUGGGUGUCUCCUUUUUCCCCAAGCCCUCUACCGAUUUCUUCAAAAUGAUUGUGGAGAAGGUCAGAGCAGAACGUAAUGGGAGCUCAAACCAGAAUUCAGAAGAUCUCCUUCAACAUUUGAUCAACUCUCAAGCGCACAAUAAGGGUCUUACUGAUCAUGAGAUUCUUUCUCAAGUGACAAUGUUUGUGUUUGCUGGUUUCGAGACAAGUGCCAGCACUCUCGGCUUCUUGGCCUACAAUUUGGCAAGAAAUCCUCACAUCAUGAAACGCCUGCAAAAGGAGAUAGACUCCACUUUCCCGAAUAAGGGUCCAGUCCAAUAUGAAGGUCUGCUGCAGAUGGAGUAUCUAGACUGUGUAGUCAGUGAGUGUCUGAGGCUCUACUCUCCAGCUGCACGUUUAGAGCGAACAGCCAAAGAAACUGUCAAGAUCAACGGAAUCACAAUCCCAAAGGACAUGACUGUUAUGAUUCCAAUCUUCGCUCUGCACCGUGACCCUGAGCUGUGGCCAGAACCGGAAGAGUUCAAGCCAGACAGAUUUAGUAAGGAGAACAAGCACAACAUCAACCCAUACACUUACCUGCCGUUUGGUGCUGGGCCAAGGAACUGUUUGGGGAUGCGAUUUGCUCUACUGAUGGUUAAACUGGCCUUGGUGGAGGUUUUGCAGAACUUCAGCUUCUCAGUCUGCGAGGAGACAGAGAUCCCUUUGGAGAUGGAUCCCGCAGCCUUUGUUGGACCCUUACGACCAAUCAAACUAAAGCUGGUGACACGUUCCAUCGCCUCAGAAAAUGUGGACCAGUGCAACUAGGAAGGACUUGGACCUGACAAUGAUAAAUCUUGCAUAUCAAAUGUUUACAAUCACAUUAAUAAUCAGUAUAAGAAUAUACUUUGUGAAACCUGUUAUCUUACAUUUUGUUUUAACGGCAAUCGUUUAACACACACACAUAAACUUUCACACAUAUCAUUUUCCUGU